AUGGCCACUAAACUUGACGCUUCUCUCCUUCUCUUUGCUAUCUCGAUUGUAAUGUCUCUCUCGCUUUCGACCCAUUGUGAAACAGCUGCAAAUGAGAACCUAAUAGCCAAAACUUGCAACCUCACAAAGUUUCUCGCUGUUUGCAGAUCAACAUUGCGGUCGGAUCCUCGGAGUUCAAGUGCAAAUCUGACCGGCCUUACUAGGAUUGCCAUGGAGUUGGCCGGAAACAAGGCCAAUGACACUGCCGGAGUGGCCUUUAAGCGGAUGAACAAUGCGUCUGACUAUAUGACAUGGGCGGAGAGUUCAGCUUGUUUCAACGGUUAUAACAUAAGCAUGUAUGGAAUUAAAGAGAAGGGUCUCCGGUAUUUUGACGAGAGGAAGUAUGAUGAGGCAUACCAAACAGUGGAUUUUCUUGAAGAGCAAACACGCCAUUGUAGUAGGUUUGGCAGAGCAGAGUUUGCUAAAAAGAAUUCAGUACUAUUGAGGUUUACUAUUGAUGUGAAGACGAUUUUACAUCAGCUUUUUUGA